AUGAAUGCUUUGCUGCGAAGUGGAUGGCUAACACUGACCCUGGCCAGUUUGCUGGAGAGGAAGGAGGAAUGCGAAUCUCGAGGUGGAAGUUUGGUUUGGGUUGCCCUGCAGAUGGCCCACAGCGAUGGGCAAGAGGACUUGUUUGAAGCCUUGCUGGUGGAGCCCUUUACGCCUGAUGAUACGGAGGAAAGAAAUCACAUUUGCAUCCCGCGGAACUGCGCGGGGAAGGACGAGAUCUCCUCGGAGCAUUGCAUGAACGUGAAAGGUUCUGUGCUUGGCAGCUUGUUGGAGGCACAUCAGAAGGUGAAUGGCGGAUUGGGUAUGGACCAUUUGUUCCAGACGACCCUCCAGCAGCAACAUUGGAUGCUGAAAGGAGUUGAAGAUCACCAGCCUCCAUUGCCACUCUCCCACCUUUGGAGUGCGCAGCACGCGGCGCCUGCAGCGCCGCCUACGGUGAUGGCGUGGCGCUUGGUGGUGCUGAGCAGCCACGCGCCCCUGGCGGCGCUGGUGGCGGAGCAUGUGGAAGAGAUGGUGCCAAUGGAGGUGGUCUACUAUGGUUCCUGCUACCUGUGCGAUCACACUGCGACCUGCCGCACGCGCCACGUGCCCAGCCGCGCUGACGGCGCUUGCACUCUGUGGCACCACCCGGACGAGGCGACGCCCAAGGCGUGGCUCACGGCGGUGGAGGAUGUGGCACGGCGGGAACGCGACAUGGCGCAGCUGGUGAUGUGCUUCGGCCUGGCCUUGUGCCCUGGACUCAGGUUCGAUGUGUUGGGCAUUCCCAGGAUCCAGAUUCUGUGCAUGAACCCGCUGCAGGGAACACCCUCACCACUGGCCCCCUUGAUGCUGCUGGAUCUACGACGACGAGUCUUCGAAGAUCGGGACAACGACCAGAUCUUCGUGACCAACGGCGUCACUCGCGCUCUCCUGGGCUACCACGCCGGCGCCGACGUGGCGGCGCGCGUGGCGGUGACGACGUUCUUUCGGAAGCGACUCAUGGACUGGAGCCGUGCCGUCCCCUUCGGCGGCGCCUCCAGGACGGUCUUGCUCUCCUCCAGCUUCAUCCUCCAGGUCUCUUCGGUGUACUUGGCCUUCCGCUUGGCGUUGCAGGAACUCCUCAAUGCGUUGGGGUUUGAGAUGGCCGAACACCGACAGGACGUGUUCUGGACGCUUCAGAGCUCUGGUGAUGUGGCCGGCUUUCUGCAGCAUGCCCUCACCGUCUACAUCCCAGAGCAUCCCUACAAGAACUACUUCAACGAUCUCUACGCCAUGCGCUUGCCCAUCUACCUUCCCAGCAUCGACUUCAUCGCCCGCUUCUGGCCCGAGGUGAGAUCGCUGGACACGGCCCAGUGCUACGACGGCUGGUUCGAUCGGCGCUUGCCCCGCACGCGCCUCACCGAGCCGAGCGCCGAGAGCGAGAGCCCUCUGCCGGAGCCCUUUGACCUGAGCGAUGGGGGCUACGAGAAAGUGAGGACCUGGUUGGCUCCUGCGGAUUACUUCGCCUUCCCCGGCAUCACGAUCUUCCAAAGCCUCGCCCAGCUCCACGCCUCGCUCGCCGACCUUGACGACGCGCACAGCUCGCACCUGGACGCCGUGCGGGAGCAGAUGGCCAGCUUCGCAGUGCAGCGGCGAGAGGAGGCCGCGCAGCUGCUGUCCAGGGUGCUGCGGCCUGUCGUGUCAGAUGCUUCAGGUGGGUGA